AUGAAUGGCUUAGGGACAGAGACAGAGCAAGAUCAGGACAACCCUGACGCUGAGUCUUUCUGGCCAGUAAACUCAUCAGAAGCCAUGAACCUAAAUGCGAGAGAACCGACCCAUAUCGCUGAAGAUACAAAGAUCAAAACGGGUCUUGGUGAUGACUACGACUGGGAAGAUCAAGUGUAUUAUCUACCUGAGACGAUGAUCGUUGUUAGACAUGGAGAUAGUCAAAUUCAGAUUAGGGUCCUUUCCAAGGCUGAUGCUGAUAACCUGAGGGAUAAUAUGGGCUAUUCCACGUGGAGAAGAAGGGAUAAGACGAUAGUCUAG